GCAAGUACACCAACCAGUAUACAUCAACAUCAGUCACAGUUGUCACUGCUCCGCGAGCGGUGGUGUCGCACGCGCUUCCUUCAUGCGUUCCAACAAUUCGGGGAAGGUCGAGUACACAACACAUUACCAGAAUGUGACAAAACAACCGCGCGCCGCACUCUCUAGCUGAUAACUUCCCUUCGUCUUCCCUAGUAACUAAAGUCAACAAACUUUUUUUAUUACUUUCUAAAACGUAUUUAAUUUUCUGUGUGUGUUUCGAUUCAAGCUCGCGCCAACAAAACGUGUGUGUUGUGUAUAAAUAAAUAUUAAUAUAGUGUUGUUGAGUUAAAUACGACAUGACUGUAUCAUAUGCCGGUGAGGUACCAAACGGCAGCAGUUUCGGAUGUUUCUGGAGGAUCCUUUGCAAAUGGCGCGGCAGCGUUUACAAGCUCGUCUGGAGAGAACUACUGGCGUACCUCACUCUGUAUUACACUAUCAACCUGCUGUAUCGGUUCGCACUCACAGAGCCACAACAGAGGGUAUUCGAGAAAGUCCGGCAGUACUUCGGCGCGCAGAGCGAGUCGAUACCCAUGUCCUUCGUGCUGGGCUUCUACGUCAGUCUCAUCGUGAAGCGGUGGUGGGAGCAGUACAAACUGCUGCCGUGGCCCGACACGCUGGCGCUCUUCAUAUCAGCCGGCAUCCCCGGAGCGGAUGAAACCGGCCGACUGAUGAGGAGGAACAUCGUCCGGUACGCCAUCUUAGCGUACGUCAUCACACUGCAGAGGGUGUCGCUCAGGGUGAAGCGGCGGUUUCCCACGUGGCAGCACGUCGUGGACUCCGGUCUCAUGUUAGAAAGCGAAAGAAAGGUGUUCGAAAAAAUGGACGGAAAGAGUCCCAUGUCCAAAUACUGGAUGCCCUUAGUGUGGGCAACUAAUAUAAUAAACAGAGCAAGAAAAGAAGGGCUCAUCACGAGUGACCACAUCGUCCAAACGUUGUUGGUGGAGCUGUCAGACAUCCGGAGGAGGCUCGGGGCCUUGAUCGGGUACGACACGGUGUGCGUGCCACUUGUUUAUACACAGGUGGUGACGUUGGCGCUGUACACUUACUUCGUGGCAGCGCUGAUGGGCCGGCAGCUCGUGCCGCCGGCACACGGGAGCACCUCGCAGUACCACCCUGACGUGUACUUCCCGCUCUUCACGGCGCUACAGUUUUGUUUUUACGUGGGAUGGCUGAAAGUGGCCGAGGUCCUCAUAAACCCGUUUGGCGAGGACGACGACGAUAUUGAACUCAAUUGGCUGAUAGACAGACACAUAAAGGCAGCCUACAUGAUAGUGGACGAGAUGCACGAGGAGCACCCGGAACUGUUGAAGGACCAAUACUGGGAGGAGGUGGUCCCCAAGGACCUGCCGUACACGGUGGCUUCCGAACACUACCGCCGCCACGAGCCGCCCUGCUCCGCCGAUCACUAUAAGGUGAAGGCUGAAGACGCCGUGUACGCCAACGUGCAGGCCCCAAGAAAAAGCCACGAUGAGACGUACGCUGAUUACGAAAGCGUGGACACACCGUUAGUGGAGCGACGGAAGAACUGGUUCCAGCGUCAGAUCUCCCGCAUGGGGUCGGUGCGGUCCGCGUCCACGGCGUACUCGUCGGGCGGGUUGUUCGGCCGCAACCGGCACAACUCCGUGGUGUACUCCAGCCCCGAGGCCGGCCAGCCCGCGCCUGCGCCGGCGCACAAGAUGUCGCUCUACGAGAGGAUCGUCGGCAGGAAGAGCGGCCGCUCUCAACAUCGACAGAACUCUAGACACGGUGGACAGAAAAGUAACGGUACAGCGGUGCCGAUCACGCUCCGCAACCGACCGCGAAUCCCCACUCCAGACGUGACGAAGGAGAUCAUCGACCGCGAGAACCGCCUCGCUAUGGGCAUGCAGAACAUGGGCGUCAUCAUGGCCCACCAGGGCUACCAGAACGAGGUGCCCGUCCUCGGCGCUUUAGUGCUGUCUCCUAUACAAGAGCUGGACAGCGGAUCGGUUAAUAACACGUUACACGCAGGCCAGCCGGGGACUACAGCUUUAGCACAGGCAGUUUUAUCUCCGUCGGGCCUAGCGCCGAUGUUGACCGCGGGGCCGGUCGCCCUGUCUCCUAUGGGAGUGACACAACUUUCACUAGUGGGAUCGACCCCUUCGACGCCUAGAACCGAGCGGAUAACGGGCUCGGCGGGAUCCGGCGCGACGCCGCCGCCGCCGCGAGCCACAGUCACGGAACUGCCCGGAUCGGACCGCGACAGCGAACACAGCGCGGCCAGCACCGGCACGCCGCCGGAGUUCACCAGGAAAUCAAACUCGAAACGGGGAGAAGUCUACGUUUAAUAAAGUGAACUACACCAUGACAUAUCACUCAAGUCAGGUUUAAACAUCGGUUCUACUUUAGGCGCGUAACACUCGGCUCUGGUCGAGCGGGGUUUUUACUAAGUACAAUGUAGGUAAACCGCGUGGUAUUGCACACGACGC